AUGCCGCAUAUUCUCCUUAGAUUUGAUAAAGUUUAUCCAAUCAAAGACUUUAAACAGACGAUUUCUGACUUUGAAUACAGCCCUCUUGAUCCACAAACAGAACAGAGGGUAACAGAUGAAAUUGAAAAAUGGGAAAAACACGAUAAAGCAAUAGAAGCUGACAUAGAACUUCUAAAAGCUGGCCAUAAAAAGACUACCGAGGACUUAAAUACUGUUCAAACUAAAAUAGAUGAAAUUGAAAAAUGGGAAACACACGAAAAAUCAGUAGAAGCUGACAUACAACUUCUUAAAGCUGGUCAUAAAAAUACUACUGAAGACUUAAAUACUGUUAAAACUAAAAUAGAUGAAAUAGAAGAACGACUGCCAGCACAACACACGUCUUCAAAUAUGCAAGAACUUCAAUGCGACAUGAUUAAAUUUUACAGAAAAAGGUGUAGCUCAAUACCACUCUCCCCGCUUCUUGAAGAAAUAGAGACACCUCUAGCUGGAUUCUUUGUGAUGCCAGAUAUAGUUGCGGUACAACAAAAAUCCCCAACUUGUCAUGAAGAGGUAAGAAAACCGAUCAGGUCUUUGAAAGACCUGUUUUCAACCGGCAGUGGAGAUCAACAAGAAAUUUAUCUAUCAGCUGAUGCAGGCCUUGGUAAAACUGCUUUCUCAAAAUAUCUUGCAAUCACGUGGUGUCAAGCUCAUAACCACGAUGAAAACUACGCCUGUUUUAAAGAUGAUGAGUUGAAAACGUUAUUUGACUUUAAGUUCUUAUUUUUGGUUUUAUUAAGAGACUGUGCCUCUGUUUGCAACAUUGACGAUAUGAUUGAACAGCAAAUAAUUAAGAAACUGCCUUCUUCUGCAACAAUACAUGAAGUCUUACGUAAAGAAAAAUGCUUGAUUAUAUUGGACGGUCUUGAUGAAUGGACUCAUCCUGAUAAUAGCUGUAGCGAAGCAAGAGAAAAAAUCCCACAUCGGUACGUACGUGAUAAUUGUGUUAUCCUUACGACAACUCGACCGUGGAAGCUUGGAUUUGCAAAUCUCAAAACGAGUCAAAUAAACAAAAAAGUAGAAUUGGUUCAAUUAAGUGCAGGUUCCAUACGGCAACUAGAAGAAAAUGCUAUUAGAAAAAUGACAGGUGUCCGUGACGAUAGAGUACUGGAGAGUAAAAUAUGGAACUUUAAUGAAGUGAUAAGUGACCGUCGCCUAGAGCACAUGCAAGUGAUUCCACUCCUCCUAAUGUAUAUAGUUUGCCUAUGGUGUAACAACAUUCCAAUAGGAAAUUCAAAACAUGAAAUUUACACCAAUAUCAUUGAAUUUCUAUUAUCAAGAACGUCAAAGAAACACCCGGAAGUUCAACUAUCUCGUGAUUCUACAGCUAGUGAAAUUCCAGAUAACUUCAAAAAACAUGAAUUUUGUAAAAAGUUUUAUGGUCUUAUAACAUCAUUAGCAGAACUAGCUUACCAAACAUUAAUAAACAAAAACAGAGAAAAUACGCUGGUAUUUGAUAGAACGGUUGCUGAUAUAUAUCUCAAAGCAGACGACAUGAAAUUAAGUCUUCUCUCAGGAAUACUGUCAGAAAGUAGAAAGUUAGACUUGUCGAAGUUACCUGGGAGGCUACAAUUAAAUAUAUCAACAUCGUCAUUAGUUAAUGUUACAUUGCAAUGGAUCAAUCUAGAGGAAAGUUCAUUGUUACUGUCACGUGACAUGUUUAAUAUUGAACGUGUGGAAUUGAGGGAUAUAGAAAUGUCUGCAGGAAGUUUACAGAACUUUAUAACCGUGCUUGAAAAUCUGCCGCAGUCAGUUACAGUAGUGAUGUACGACAUUACACCGAAAACAGAAUAUGACCGUAUAAAUCAACUUGUUAGUUAA